GUUAAUGUUAACCAAUUGCUUUCAAAGUCUAAUGAGCGCGAAAGACCGCAUGAAUUCGAUUGCGGACUGUCAAGUCAGCAGUUCCCUUUGUCAUCUGAAGAGGAACUACAGAUGCUAGACACUGGUUUGUCGCAGAAAGAAACCAGGGACAGAUUUAUGGCAAUGGUCACUAGGUUAUCAGGUGACGAUCCAAAAACGUCCAUGCGUUUUAUUCUGUCGCAUCUGCUGACACCGGAGGUUGCCAGUAAAUUCACGUUACUUGGCACCUCUUCUAAACGAGCACUACAUAAAUGCACGUUUUACAGCUGCAUACGAAGUGCCUUAACUCAUCGUUUUUUGUCAUCCUCUGUAAAUGAGAAAGACCUUGGUAAGCUAUACGACAUAGCGACACAAGGUUACUUUCACGACCUCCGAGACAAGAUGAUUAAACGAAAUAGAAGAAAAGAAAAUCAGUUACAGUCAACAAUACUGACGAACAUAACCGUAAGUUCAGCUUCAAGUAUUUGGUUGUGCAAAAGCAUGUCAUUGAGAUAUGGUUGUGACUUUUUUUGUUUUUUUUUAAAAUUCAGAAUUCACAGGACGACUACCCCAAUUGUGAUUAGUCCGAGCAAAUGCUUUGAUGUUGUACCUCGAUUUCAAUAAACAUUAUUCAUUCAAACAGCUUACUCUUUUACGUACAUGGGAAACUGUUGAAGUGUUGAGAAUGUGUGUUUGAGUUUCAGUGAACUAUUGAUUAAAUGCACAUUUC